UGUGUCAUUGCCACGUGAUCCAGCUCGCCAAUGUCCUUCUACAACCCACUCAGCAUCAUGGCUGCGGAUGCUGCGGAUGCUCUCCUCCCGCACCGCAUCCCCGGACCAUGCCUCCUGCCCCUGCUCCUCCUGAUCGCCUCCGCUCUCCCCACACCGAGCCACGGGCUGCUGGGCUUCCGACCGGAGGACACGGGAGGAGAUCUGUCCGUGCAGGACGGACUGUUGAAGGCCAUAGAAGGGACGCGGUUCAUGUUACGCGUGUACUAUGCAGCAUCACCGCAGAGGCUCAACCGGACCUUCAGCAGCGCCGGCAGCACUGCUGCGCCGUGGAUCGCUUUCAUAGAAGAACCGGAACCGGGGAGAGAGGGGCAGGUGCAUCCCAAACGCAACUUGUGCGUGGAGGAGAGCGCCAGGAGCUCGGAUAUAGAGCUCCUCGGAUCUUUCAAGUCAACCUCCAGCCAGAACUCCAUCCUGGUGGAGCUGCUCGCCAAAGAACUGCGGAGAGGAGAGAACAUCAAGUAUUACUCAAUGUGCGCCUUUGACGGGAUCAAAUGGGAGCACUACCGGACGCGCGACUUCUGGCUGGCGGUGGUAGAGCGGCCGCCGCAUGCGGACGGGUGGCUACAAGCGGGUCUUUCGGUGCUGCUUCUAGCGCUUUCCGCGCUUUUCAGCGGACUGGUAAUCAGCAUGCUCGCGCUGGACCCGGUGGAGCUCAAAGUGCUGCAGAACAGCGGCACGGACAAGGAGCAAAAGUACGCGCACAAGAUCGAGUCGGUGCGCAAACACGGCAACUACGUCCUGUGCACCUUGGUGCUGUGCAACGUGCUCACCAACACUUUCCUGGUGGUCUGGAUGUGCCAGAUCCUCGGAGUGACGCCCGUCUCUACUGCGGCGUGCACUUUUCUCAUCUUCUUCAUCGGAGAGAUCCUGCCGCACUCCGUUGCGUCCAGGCACGGGCUGGCUAUCGCAUCCAAGACCGUGUGGCUGACCAAGAUGCUGAUGCUGUUGACUUUCCCCAUCACAUAUCCCAUCAGCAAACUCCUAGACAAUAUGCUGCACCAGGAAAUCAGCAACUUCUACACCCGUGAAAAGUUGCUGGCUAUGCUGAGAGUUACCGACCCGUACCAUGACCUGGUGAAAGAAGAGUUGAACAUCAUCCAGGGAGCUCUGGAACUCAGGAGCAAAACGGUGGAAGAUGUGCUGACCCCUCUCAAUGACUGCUUCAUGCUGGCCUCGGAUGCCAUCCUGGACUUCUACACCAUGUCAGACGUGAUGCAGAGCGGAUACACUCGCAUUCCUGUGUUCGAGAACGAACGGUCUAAUAUUGUUGAUAUACUGUUCGUCAAAGAUCUGGCAUUUGUUGAUCCAGAUGACUGCACCCCGUUAAAAACCAUCACUCAAUUCUACAAGCACCCACUGCACUGUGUCUUUAACGACACCAAACUGGAUGCAGUGCUGGAGCAAUUCAAGAAAGGGAAAUCUCAUUUGGCUAUCGUACAGAGGGUCAAUAACGAAGGAGAAGGGGAUCCUUUCUAUGAAGUCAUGGGCAUCGUCACUCUAGAAGAUGUCAUCGAGGAAAUCAUCAAGUCUGAGAUUGUGGACGAAACGGACCUCUACACUGAUAACCGUACGAAGAGGAGAGUGUCCCACCACGAGAGGAAACAGCAAGAUUUCUCCAUAUUUAAACUGUCAGAGAGUGAAAUGAAGGUCAAAGUCUCACCACAGCUUCUGCUCGCAACACAUCGCUUUCUAGCAACAGAAGUAGAGCCUUUUAAGUCGACGCAUCUCUCAGAGAAGAUCCUCUUGCGGUUGAUAAAGCACCCAAGCGUGGUGCAGGAACUCAAGUUUGAUGAGAAAAACAAGCGAUCACCAAAGCACUACCUCUUCCAGCGUAACAAGCCUGUGGAUUAUUUCAUCCUCAUAUUGCAGGGUCGAGUGGAGGUAGAGAUCGGUAAGGAGGGACUAAAGUUUGAAAAUGGGCCAUUUACAUACUAUGGCUUACCUGCUAUCAUGACCAUCCUACCCACAGUCCACAGAUCACCGUCCCGGAGCAGCGGUCUCAAUCAUUCAGAUACUACAAUCCACGGAGGCAGUCUGGGUCAACUGAGCAUCAGCGGAGGACCGUAUUUACCAGACUAUUCAGUUCGCCAGCUCACAGACCUACAGAUCAUUAAGAUCACUCGUAACCAUUAUCAGAACGCUCUGACAGCUACACGCAUGGACAGCUCUCCGCAAACCCCCGACGCAGAGAGUCAUGCGCCCGGGGAGAGAAUGACAAUCCCUGAGACACGCUCCAACAGCAUCGCCCUUCCUCUGACAGAACCACGGCCCUGUCUGACCCGAUUCCACCAGCACAGCCACCUCUACAGACAGCCAGACAGCACCAGCACCCUUAAUGAGAGGAACCGCAUCGUCCGAAGUAAGUCCGAUGGACAGAAGAGCCCCAGUGACUCCGUGUUCCUGCGUAUGGAUAACACCCCAUAUAUAAGAGACACUCGUGUGGAGAGAAAAGAAGGAACUGAUGCGACGGCCGUUCCCAUGGAGACGGACCUGUCUACAUCCCAGCUCAUCAGCUCUCACUCUCUGGGUGCCUCGGAUGAGAACCUGGGGAAAAAACUGCUCCGGAAACUCAGCAACAAAAAAAGAAAGAAGUCUUGUGAUGGAGAUAAACCUUUGGAAGACAAUCCUGAACAAUCACAGGUGAAGACCUAGCAUUCAUUGUAAGGGUUUGCUUCUCCCACAAAUGUGAAAUCUUCUGCAGCCCUCCUCUGGAUCCUGAGUGAGAGAAAGCACAACCCAGUGUACAAUGACCACCACAACAGAUGUAGCAUCAGAAAACCUUGCCUUCAGGAAUAUAAUGUUACAACAAACCUGAAAUAUACAACAUCCAGCAAGACACAUGUUUUCUUUCAUUGACGACAUGCUACAUAACAGUUGAUAUACUACAGUUUUGAUGGCGGUUUAUGAUGAUGUCAUCUCCAGUCACUGUGGUAAUGACAUUGUGACCUCUGACCCCGGGCAAAGCCAGCAAGCACAAGCCUGGAGACCUGAAGCCAACCAUUUGAAUAAUGAGAGGGCAUAACCUUUAGUAUGUCUCAAAAUAUGGUCAUCUUUCAGUAGAAACAAGGUGUUUAUUGUGUGAUUUUCUAUCAUAUUUAGUGAGAGGUAUUUGUCAGGCUGUGCCUGGAAUUUAAUCAAGAUAUCAGAGGCAGAUUUGAGACAGAUCAGACCCAUUUAUUUCAUAUUCUGUUGAAUAGCUGAGAUGUUGACAGAGAAAAAAUACCUAUAUUAGGAAAAGUGCUGUCAGAGUCUUUUUUUUUCUUCUAUUUUCUGUGUUUAAAGUAUGGUUAUUUUAUGUUGAUUUCUUAUCAUUUUGCUUUAAGUUUUGCACUUCUGUUCGGCUGAGAGCACAGGGUACAAAGAGAUAUGGCUUUUUAUUUCUUUCUAGCUAUUUUUGGCCAUAUUCAGUAGUUUUUAAAAAAUAGUGUGAGAUGCCAGUGCUAAUGGUCUAAGCACAUAUAUUUGAAGAUAGAUUUAUUUGUUUAAAAAUAAUAACAUUUAUUAUAUCGGCAUGCUUUUCUCAAACAGCAGUGUUAUUAUUGUUAUUAUUAGAACAACAUUGUGUUUACUGUAUGAAAUAUAGAUAUUUAGGACAUGCGCAAGCCAUAACUUGAACAAACUUGAAGCAUUGAUACUAAAAUGUCACCUCAGAUAGAUAUAUAUAUAUAUGAAAAUAAUAAGCAAUAUCCAAAACAUGCAAGAAGCCUAUAGUAUUUAUUUAUUUUGAGCCCUUUUGAAAAUGAUAGAAUAUUUAUUAAUUUAUUGCAACGUGCUGAACAUCUCACCCACGUUUCCUUUCAUAAGCAUGCUGCUGUGUAAAUUUAAUCUUCAAGCUUCAUACCUCCUGUAAAUUAGAGCCUUUUUAAAUGGCAUUCAUACUACCAUUCAAAAGUCUGAGGCCAGUAAGAUUUUUUAAAGGAAUUAAUACUAAUUAGUUAAUAAGAAUAUGCUUUAAAUGGAUUUAAAAAAAGUUUCAGGAAAUAUAUUUUAUAAUGUCACAAAAAAAUAUAUUUGAAAUAAAUACUGCUUAUUUGAACAUCAAAUUUAAUAAUUAAAGAUUAAUAAUAAGAAGAAAUGUUUUUCGAGCACCAAAUCAGCAUAUUAGUAUGAUUUCUGAAGGAUUCUGUGACACUUAAAACUGGACAAAUGAUGCUGAAACUUAAGCUUUGCAUCAGAUAAAUUAAUUACAUUUUAAAGCAUAUUUAGAGAGAAAACAGGUAUUUUUAAUUUGUAAUAAUAUUUCACAAUAUUAGGUUUUUUACUGUAUUUUCAGUCAAAUAAAUGCAUACUUAGUGGGUAUAAAGGAUACCUUUUUCAUAAACAAAAAAUCUUACUGACCUCAAACUCUUAACCGGAAGAGUAUCAGAAAAAUAUCUGAGCUUCCAUCACUGGUUCACUGCCAUGACUUUCCCAGCAUGCCGUCUUCAUGACAAACUAACCAAUCAGCCCAUCCCUGCCAACAACAGGUCACAUGAUUACAUUAUGCCAGGGGAUUAUACAUAGGAUGUGUUUUGCAUGAAAGGCUGUUUUUUACUGAGUAUGUCGAGUUAAUACCUCUCUCCUGCAUGCACGCAGCAGACACUGGUGAAAUGUAGAGACUGUUGGGCCACAAGUGAGACUCUUUUUGCCUCUAUGCUAACAGUGUCCCUACCACACCACCAGGAAGUCGAACACAGAAAGCACAAAGACUCAGGCUGGAAACCACUGGAUGUCUGUUUCUUUCCCCUUGAUAUUUAUCCCUAUAUUGAAUAGCAAUAACCAAGCUAGUCCCUUUUAUAAAGUUGCUUUGCAUCUUGAUGAUCUGGAGUGAACUGAAUGUGCCUGAUUGCUUUCAGGUCACAAGGACACUUUGUGUUGUGUAAUACUGUGAGCUAAAGUCACUGUACAGAGAGCACAUGCUGACGGGAAAAGACAGAAAGAAGAGGGGGCAGCACUUUUAAUGUCACUGUGCUGCAUUGCAGGGUGGGCUGAGUGACGCAUGGUGACGUCUGGUUCAACCCCUCCAAACAAACACAUGCACUGAUUGACUCAGCUGCUUCCAGUGAAACGACACAUUCAAUGAUGUGUAUAUUUAAGCCUUAAUCUGUGGGUAUUUGCUAAAGACGUUUAGAAAAUCCUCUCCAGCUUUCACUCUCUGUACAGUGAGUUGGCCGAAGGAUAGAUAUAUGUUUCUACAGAGUUUACAAAGACUUCUAUUUGAAAACACCUGCUGAAUUGUGUAUGACUUUACAAAAAAAAAUAUGCUCUGAUUAUAUAAGGAUAUAUAUAUA